UUAAAGUAGCUACUAAACCGUCGAGAGAUCGCUGUCAAGGAUGCGCAAUCUAAUACUCCUUGCCACGUGUUUGUCCCUAAUCGCAGUCGCGUGGGGAAACUUGAUCGAAGGAUGGCAUCAACCGGGCGAGAUAAUCGUCAACAGCCAAGUCAUCCGCAGACCGAGGAUUAUAGGAAGACCGAACAUAGCGACGUGUACGGGGGUGGCUCCCCCGGGAUACGAAAUUUCCUUCAUCAUUGUAACGACUCCGAACCCGUGGAUAGUGAGACUUAGUGUCGCCAAAGGAGGUCUCCAGUCGGACUACGCAGUCGUAUCGGCGAUUGGAAGACCCAGCUGGGGAUUCGUUAUUAAAUGUAUCAUUUUUGCCGCGCCUUCCGACAAAACGACCACCCCCAAGACUACCACGCAGAAGACCACCACGCAGAAGACCACCACGCAGAAGACCACCACGCAGAAGACCACCACGCAGAAGACUACCACGGAGAAGACUACCACGCCGCAGACUACCACGGAAAAUAAUGCAAACACCACUUCAACUUGGGAACCUAAUACCAACACAACUCCAACUUGGGAACCGACUAGCACACCAGCUCCAACGACACCGUCUCCGACGGCAUCCAGCGAAAGUACGGAAUCAACCGACGAAUCUUGGAAACUCAUUAAUGACAUUGAAUAAUCCAGUUACAGUGAAGUCGAUCGUAAAUACUCGUACAUAGUCUGCCAUCAACGACUGACGAAUAGCUUAGGAAGUAAAGGUCGUCAGCGCAACAAGAUUUAAACGACUAUCGUUUCUAAGAUGUAUUGUAUUCCAUUCGUAAAUGUGAUACUUGAAACGCGCAAUGAUUACGAUGUAAUUCGUGUCUCUUAUUUGAUGAAUGCGUGUCAUACUUGCGGGUAAUUGCGCGAGUUGACGUUCAAACGGGGCUCAACGAUCUGCGCGACGUAUUGGUAUCCUACUGAGCGUGAAUAGUGUCUAAUGUUUAUAUUCUAUGGCAUGUAAA